CAAGCCUUCCAUGACUGUGCCAUCUAGAAAGUAGCUUUGUUUUCCAUCCCAAACUGUCAUAAGUCUCUCUUCCCCUGUAAAUCAAUCAAACACCUUCUUUCUAUCUCUCUCUCUCAUCAAUGUUCCCUUGAGAUCGAUGCUCCUCCUUUUCUUCUUCCUCUUCAUAUAAACCACAUAUCCUCUCCUCCAUAUCUUAAAAAUUUCAUAGAAACCCUAAAUUGAGAAAAGAGAGCUAGAGAGAGAGAAAGAUGGGAAGAGGGAAGAUAGAGAUAAAGAGGAUAGAGAACGCCAACAACAGAGUGGUGACGUUCUCAAAGAGGAGGAAUGGGUUGGUGAAGAAGGCUAAAGAGAUCACGGUUCUUUGCGAUGCAAAAGUUGCUCUCAUAGUCUUUGCAAGUAAUGGUAAGAUGACUGAUUAUUGUUGUCCUUCCAUGGAUCUUGGUGCUAUGUUGGACCAAUACCAGAAGUUAUCUGGCAAGAAACUAUGGGAUGCUAAGCAUGAGAACCUCAGCAAUGAGAUUGAUAUGAUCAAAAAAGAAAAUGAUAGCUUACAACUGGAGCUCAGAAAAUGUGAAUACAGGCAUUUGAAGGGGGAAGAUAUACAAUCUCUCAACUUGAAAAACCUGAUGGGCAUAGAGCAUGCCAUUGAACAUGGCCUCGACAAAGUCCGAGACCACCAGAUGGAGUUCCUUAUGACAAAGAGGAGAAAUGUGAGCUAUGAGAAAAUGUUGGUGGAGGAGAAUCGGCAACUCAGUUUCCAGCUGCAACAACAAGAGAUGGCUAUAGCUAGCAACGCAAGAGGAAUGAUGAUGAGAGAUCAAGAUGGGCAAUUUGGAUAUAGAGUUCAGCCGACUCAACCAAAUCUUCAGGAAAAGAUAAUGUCUUUGGUCAUCGAUUGAUCAUCAAAAAUUUGCAAGCUCAUAACCCAUCUACUAUCUGUUUCAUGGUCCUUUAAUUUGUCUUUAUGAAUGUGUGUGUCCUUUUAAUCUCGAGCCACAUAUAGACUCUCUAUCGGACUUUUACUUAUGCUUUUAAUGUGUGUUGUUUAUGUAUUAGUCGUGUUGUAUCAUGUAUGCUUAAAUGUUUGAAACUAAUUGCAUUUGUGUGAAAACUAA